GGCAUGAAGCCACCGCAGCGGCGGCGAGCGGCCCCGGCGCGCUAUCUGGACGAGGUGACCGGCCCUACGGCCUGGAACGCCCGCGAGAAGCGGCAGCUACUGCGCCUCCUGCAGGCACGGCAAGGCCAGCCGGAGCCGGACGCCGCCGAGCUGGCCCGGGAGCUGCCGAGCCGGAGCAAGGACGAGAUCCGGGUCUUCCUCAAGCAACUCAAGGGCCGCGUGGUGCGGGAGGCCAUUCAGCGGUCACAUCCAGGUGGCCCGCAAGGUUCAAGGCGCCGGGCGGCCCAGACCCCAGCCCCCAUAGAGGUGUGGAUGGAUCUGGCCGAGAAGAUAACAGGCCCUCUGGAGGAAUCCCUGACAGCAGCUUUCUCACAGGUACUUACCAUCGCGGCCACGGAACCUGCCAGCCUCCUGCACUCCAAGCCUCCCAAACCCACGCGAGCCCGUGGGAAGCUGCUGCUCCUGAGUGUCCCUGGAAGACAGGAGGACCCCGCCCCGGAGACCCCCGCCCCCGGCCCUGAGACUCGUGGCUCUGCCCUUGAGGCUUCUGGCCCCGCCCUCAAGGCUUCUGGCCCCGCCCCUGAGACCCCUGGUCCUGACCCUGAGGUACCUUCCGGGUCCCUGGCUGGCCCCUCCGCUGCCGGAGACUUCACUGUGGACUUUGAGAAGAUCUACAAGUACCUGUCCUCCUCCUCCCGCAGUGGCCCCAGUCCUGAGCUCUCGGCAGCUGAGUCGGCUGUGGUCCUUGACCUGCUCCUGUUGCUGCCGGAGGAGCUGCCCCGCCUGCCGUGCACAGCCCUGGUUGAGCACAUGACGGAGACAUACCGACGCCUGACAGCCCCCGAGCCCAGCCUCGCUGGACAGAGCCCGGGGCCUGGGGCUGAGGGUGGUGAGACUGGCUCCAGGGGGCCGGAGGA